AUGUGUUAUACUCCUGCAGUGAACACCACUACUCAACCAGGUCACAGUCGUAAUGCCAGUAACUGUAGCAUUGGUAGCAGUAUUGCCACCAAUAACAAUGGGUCAUUAGGAUCUGACCCUGAGAUCAGUGGAUUCCUAGUGGCAGUGCAUAGAAAAAUGAUCCGCAUGGAUGUAUACUUCCUGUCGUCUCAGAAGACACGCCCCAGUUUAUUUGGCACCCCUCUGAUCAUUCCAUGCAACCAAGACACCACCCACCAGGACCUGUACCAGAGUGUGUGGGUCCAGGUGUCCAGACUGGUCAGUCCACUGCCACCCUCGGAGAGUGGACAUCCCAACCAUGCACAAGACUGUGAUGAUAGCUUAGGUUAUGAGUAUCCCUUCACGCUGAAGGCUGUACAGAAAGAUGGCUUCACCUGUGCCUGGUGCCCUUGGUACAGAUUCUGCCGUGGAUGUAAGCUAGAGUGUACAACAGAUGACUUCAACAAUGGCAGCUGUUACAUAGCUGUAGACUGGGAGCCCACUGCACUGCACCUCAGAUACCAGUCCUCACAGGAGAGGGUGUAUAAUGACCAUGAGAGUGUAGAAGAGAGUAGACGCCUUCAGACUGAACCAAUUGACUUAGAUGCCUGUCUGAGAGCAUUCACCAAAGAAGAAGAACUGGGAGAAGAAGAGCUGUAUUAUUGUUCCAAGUGUAAAGAAUUGAGACUGGCAGCAAAGAAGCUGGAUAUUUGGAAGUUGCCACCAAUUUUGAUCAUUCAUUUGAAGAGAUUUCAGUUUUUGAACAACCGUUGGGUAAAGUCACACAAAAUUGUCAAAUUUCCAAUCAAACAUUUUGAUCCAUCGAGUUACCUGGCUCCUCGCACUCCCAAGCAGGAGGUAGUUUCCAAGAUCAUGGAGGUCCAGGAAGCCAAUCAUAAUGAACAGACAAAUCACAUUCAGCCCUCAGACUGCCAGUGUGGGGAGGUGUAUACAACAUGUGGUUGUGAGAAUGAGAACAGGCUGGCCACUGGAGAUGAAAGGCCUGUGCUUAAUGGAGAUUUGUCAGAUUCCUAUGAACAAUACAGCGACACUCCUAUAGAGGGCAGUCAUGACCCAUUCACAAACUGUAAUGGAGGAGGCCUGACUCACAGUGAUUCUACUUACGAUAACCUUCCAGAGACAGAGGGAGCCACAGCAGCUAUGGAACUUGACGACAUCCUGGAUGAAUACAAUCCUAAUUUCAGUGGACGUCAUAGGAUGACCUCUGUGGCCAGCAUGGACUACACCACAGCUAGAUAUGAUCUCUAUGCUUUGUCAUGUCACUCUGGUAUCCUAGGAGGUGGUCAUUAUGUGUCGUAUGCCAAGAACCCUAACAAGAAGUGGUACUGUUAUAAUGAUAGCAGCUGUAAGGAAAUCACUGAGGACCAGAUUGACACAGACUCUGCUUACAUGUUGUUCUAUGAAAGGAGGGAUUUAGAUUAUAACCGCUAUCUGCCAGACGUCCGAGGAAAGGAACCCUGUGUGGAAGAAGAUGAUGAAGAAUUUGAAUCAGAUUUCAAGAAAAUGUGCACUGUUCAAUGAAAGGCUGUGUUGUGAGACAACUUAAGCAUGUUCCUUGUCAAUCUUCUUAUGGAUGUUUGGUUACUAACAGCUCUUCUAUGUUGUCUUCUUGAAAGUGUGAGUUGAUGUGGAACUAUUGUGCAUGCAGAAGUGGUCCUGCAAAUCCAAAACCAGUGCUUUAAGCAAGUGAAUUAAACUGAGUGGAGAAAGACAUGAAAGACUUGCUUUUAAAUGUGUAAGAACAAAAGGGUAAACGGGAAAUCUGAAUCCUAUUCAAGUUUUGUCAAAAAGGAAUAGCAGCAUUGAAAUGAUAUAAAAUCAUUUGGAUUAUGAUGUCCACCGAAGCAUGAAUUGCUGCAUAAUAGGUCAAACAGUAUUUAUACUCCAGUCUGUACUUAACAAAUGUAAAAUAAUGCAGUAUUUUGUCAAAAAGAUUAUUUUGUCCCUUACUCCAGUUUGAAAAAUGCCGACAACCAAUUCAAAUUGUUUAUAUAUUUUCUCCAUUGGAAGCUGUUAUCCUAGUGCUUGAAAUUGUUUUACCACUCAUUUAUACAUGUGUAUCUUUUAACAUAGUGUAUGAUCAUAACCAAGAAAAAAGGAUAUUGUAUUGGAAAGAACAAAAGAAGCCAUAAGGUUAAUUUGCUACAAGUCUGGAAUGCUUUAGUUUCUUCUCCUUAGCCCCACUACCCAUACUUAUAAGUAUGUAAUCAAAGUGCAAUAGUGUAGAUUUAGAGGUACAUCUAGGGAUAGUUAUGAAGACAUAAUAGUUAGGAAUAGUUCCAUCUGUAUCCAGCUGUGAUAAUUGGCUCUGUAUAUUUAAUGAGCCCUGGAUGUGAUUCAGAUUUCAUUGGCCAGAUUUUUUUAUUUUUCUUUAAAACAAUUAUCUCUGCUGGUCAUUUCAAACUUUUUAAUUUUUUGUUAUCUUUUUAAGAGAUGAAAAUUUACAUAUAAUGCAAUCUGGAUUGAUUGUAAUUUUUUUAAAGCAUGAAUAGUUUAUUGGUAUUGCAUUUGACUUAUUCUUAUAACUCAAUAAAUUGACUUGAUUUGCAGUUCUUAAAUAUUAGUUUUUGCACACUGGUGGACUAUUAAUCUUGGACUAACAUCCGAGAGCCAUUCAUGCAUUUAAUUGUUUAUAAAUUACAUUUCCUUAUUUCAAAAUUUGUAAUGCAAACAAUUAAUCCAGUGCAAUGGAGGAUACUAUGCCAUGUAUAUACAAGAAUAAUGAAAUGGAUAUUUGAUUGAAUUCAUUUUGUUCUGAUGUAAAUGUUUGAAAUAUAUAUACACCUAUGUAUUCAUGGAUUUAUGUAUUGUUUCUACAAAAUCAAAUAUUGCUGUAUAAAUGCAUGUGGCAUAUGCAAUCAUAUGGUUCAAAGGCUCAUCCCAUAUAAUAAACCAUGACUGUUUGGGGGAAAAAGAUCUCUUCUUUAAAUGAAUUUGUGCAUGCAUCUCUAUUGCAAACACUAUGUCCUGAUGACCCAGGUUGAUCCAUUAGAAAAUCAAAUAAAUAUCUACCAAUGUAUUUAUUUAGCAUUAAAUCUUGGUAUUGAUAUUCAAGUUAAUAUCUAGAUGCCGAAACUAUAUUUGGUUUGAAGUUCAAAGUUGUCAUUUUCUUCAAAUAGUGUCAUGAUAACAAUAGCUUUUUCACACUUAUUGGAGGAAAGCCUUGAGACUGAUGACAUUUUGUAGUUUUUGUAUUUUCGCAAAGCUCAUCUCAAUUUUUACAUCAUUUGUUUUCUGCAGUUUCCACAUUAUCAUUCCUCAAUAUCAAACUGACUGUACAAAUAUUUAAAAAAUUAUUUCAUAACUACAAAAAUGUAGCAAAAUGUGAAUCAAAUCAUCAUUGGAUGUUUUAUCUUUUCUUUUUUACUCUACAUAAAAUACAUAGCAGUCUGCAUUCACAUCAACUUUUAAGUAUUUAUAUUUUUAAAAAAAUGCAAAAAAAGUUCAUUGAAUGCAUACAAAAUAGCUCUCUUGAAACAACUGAAUAGCCAUAAAUCAUAACUUUGAUUUUGUUUUGUUCCUUUGAAAAAAA